CGCACCCUAAUACACGCCACGAACCAUCCCAACCCCCCCGCGUUACAUCACAUGCAGAAUGCGGGGAAAGCCUCCAAGUCCCCGCCAGAGCAAUAAAGCUCACGGUACGACUGGGGCGAUAGCAAACCUCACUCUUAGGCUCCUACACUGAUCAAGAUGGCGUCUGGCUGGUUCAGCACGUCCAAGAGCGAACCUGCUAGGCCUCCGGAUGUUCGCGUCCAGGUCGCAGAUAACCCAUCUCACGACUUCUACCUGCAACCUAGCUCCUCCACCCGCGGCGCAGUACCAAACCGUACUUAUGUCGACCAGACACACUCGAAGACCCAUGUGCAUUCAGUCUCGUUGUUCGAUGUCGGCAUUCUGAAAGACACACUGGUCCCAUCGCUCACUCUUCACUCUGGCCUUGCAAUCAUCGCCUAUGGAGCAGCACGAUAUACACAACGGGUCGAAGCCAAAGACUGGCUAUGGCCCAGUGGCCAAGUCGCGAAUGCCUGGUGGUCAGCUAUCGGCCGACGCCUCGCUGCAGGCUUGACUGUAUCGCAAGCUUUCAACCGUCUAUCGUGGCAUGAGCGCGUCAUGCUCACGGGUGUCACGCUGUGGGGCGGACGCCUCUUCUAUCGCGUCGCUCGCCGCUCGAUUCAGCGAGGCGAGGACGACCCGCGCUACGAAGAGGUCAAGAAGGAAGACGACUUCUGGAACACCGCACUGUUCAAAGUGUUCAUCCCGGAAGCUUUCUUCCAGAUGCUUAUUAGCUUGCCCUUCACUGCCCCAUUCCGCCAUGAAGGCGCCGUGAUGAUGGGCUAUCACCCUCAUAUUCAGAUGUUCGCAGUAGGCCUCUUCUCAGCUGGCUUAGCUCUUGAAACUAUAGCCGACUACCAGCUCGACGAGUACAAGGCGGAGGGCGGCAAAGGCAUUUUGAGGGAGGGUGUAUGGAGCAUUGUCCGCAACCCCAACUAUCUUGGUGACGCUCUCGUACACAUCUCCUUUAUCGUCAUGCUUUAUGGCUCAGACAUGCUUGCACCCAUCGAGUUGCUGGGACCCCUUGCCAACUACGGCUUCUUGCGCUUCUUCGGCGGAGAUGCUAAGAAGGAGAAACAUCAAGAGCGUCGAUAUUCUGCUUCUCAGCCCGAGAAAUUCGCCGAGCUUGAACGAUUCCGUGCCGAUAAGAAUGCUUUCUGGCCGAGCGCGGAUGAGCUGAGUAAUAAGUGGCUGUGGACAGUGUUGGGUAUUGGCGGAUUGGGUAUCGCUGUCGAGCAGACGCUUAGAACGCUACACUAAACUGAGUCUUAAUGAACAGAUGCGUGGAUAUUGUUUCUGGGUUGAAUUUAUGUCCUGGGUUCGGCGUUAAGUGUCUUACUCCAAUAGUCCUAUAUCGAGCACCUGAUCAAUUACGAGUUUGAAAUAACCCUGUUAUG